CUUUAAUUUCAGUUUUCAGGAUUUUUGGGUUAGGCCUGUGUGAAGAGUUUAUACGCAAGAAUACAUGUAUAUAAACCAGAAAACUGUGGAGAUUUAAUUCCUACAGAAUGACAAUGGAGGAAGAGGAUGGGUCAUCAGUGGUCUCUCUUCCUUUACACGUUGUUGUAUUUCCAGUUUUAGAUGAGUUACAAAAAACUGACCUUGCUGCUGCCCAAACAUUGAGGGCAGCAUUAAACAAAGUGGAAAAGAAACAUCCAGGCUUUACGCAGGAUCUUGUGAAUGGCAUACUGAAGGCAAAGUCAGCUAAUGUGAACUUAACUGAAUGCCUUCUACGGCUGGCAGCUUAUGAUAGUGAAGAGUACAUGAUUAUGCGUCCAGAACCAGAGUUCAUUAAACUCAAUGAGCAGGCACACAAUUUGAAACACAUCUUGUCUAAACUUCCUGAUGAAAUUGAAAACAGACCAGCCUUUCUACAAAGAAUUAAGGAUAUUGCCAGUGGUAUCAAGGAGCUUCUCCAAGCAGUGAAUGUCAUUUUCAAACAGCAUGAAGCAUUUCGUCUUAAUGAGCAUAUACGUGUUCUUGAGCUCUAUAAGAAGGAGUUUAUCAAGUCCUCCAAGAAGUUUAGCUAUACCUUGAAAGGUUACUUCCGCGAUAGCCAAAUUGAUAAUGUGUACGACAGUGCCAACGUUCUCGUCAACGAAACAAACACUAUUCUAAAGAUGCUAAAAAAUGUCAGUCGAAAGGUUCCAGAUCAGCAAACAAGUUUAGGGAGUUGAGCAAAAACAGGCAGUUGCAUAGUACAUUAACCUAAGUAAAUUUUCAAAGGGACGAAGAUUAAAGGUAUUUUUUAAAUUAAAGAAUUAAAUUAGAUGUACAUGUAUGUGGUACAGAUGUUACUGGUCAUGUAAUUCUAACAUUGAAUACACAAAUGCACUCUACUCCUACUAUAGUUGCUCAACUGACUAGGCUUGCCAGUCUGAGCUUAUUCAGACAGCAAAGGCAUUUGUAUUGUAAAUACUAGCAAACCCAGUAGAUGCAGCAAACACUUGUAGUGGAAAACUUAUUCAAAAUAUAGGGUUUUGCAUUUCCUGAUACUUCUUCCUAAAUAUUGGCCAAUACUUAUAUUAUACUUUGUUCAAACUAUUCUAUUUUCUGGGACUGUCACAUUAGAACUU